AUGUCCACAGCCUUCACCUCACCACGGGCGCUCGAGCCCUUCCCACUAUUCAUCGACUCGGCGCCGCCCAACAGCGCGAACUACUUCUCGUCACCCAUCGCCAUGGCGGCGGUACAGCUCGUAGCCGCCGCCUCGUCCAGUACCUCCGCGUCUUCCACGACAUCCGUUGCCUCACUGCUACCCUCCUCCCUCAAACGCCCCACCCUCGUCAUCCACCGCCGCCUCUCCAACUACGUCCGCCUGCGCUACUACCAAUACGAAGUCACGUUCGGCGUUUAUAUGAUGACGCCGCGCGAGAAGUGGAUCUUCAAUGCCGUGAUCCUGAGCAUAGCCGCCAUGAUUCUCUAUGCGGCGACUUGGGGCAUGCGGGCUUUCCUCGUCGGUUGGUUGUGUCGCCUGAUCUGGUAUCUUGUCGGCGAUGGCGCCGGAAAUAGCGUGCUGGAGGUUUGUGCAAAAGGUUGA